UCCCAUUCUCUUAACCAGAAAAAUCCAUCCAUUCUUGAAACCAAGGAAAGCCUCAGAAGAGUAGCUAUGGCCUCCACUGCUACUCCCUCUCCUCUCACUUUAUCCUCAAUUUUAUCCCAGCAAGAACUCAACCCCAUCAUCAAUUCUUCUUCUUCUUCUUCUUCUUCUUCAUUAAUUUCCUUCAAGCCUCAGCCUCUUUUCUUUAAUCCCACAAAAGCUCUUUCCCUCUUCCCUCUUGUUCUUCAGUGCAAAGAAAGAAAAUCAUCAGCAACGUCAUCUUCAUUAGGCCACUGGGGGGUUUCCUCCGAUGGGUCAUUUUCAAAAUCAGCUUUUGUGGUGGCUGCUGUGGCUGAAGUGGCUGAUGCUGUGGAAGAGCAGGUGGGAGAAGGUGAAGCUGGUAGUGGUGGCGGAGUAGCUGUUGCUGCCCCUCCUACAAAGCCGAAGAAAGGAAAAGCUGCACUGCCUCUUAAGAGGGAUAGAAUGAGAUCUAAGAGAUUCUUGGAAAUACAGCAAUUGAGAGAAAACAAGAAAGAGUAUGAUUUGAAAACAGCGAUAUCAUUACUCAAGCAAACAUCCCAGACAAAGUUUGUAGAAACUGCUGAAGCUCAUUUCCGUCUUAAUAUUGACCCAAAGUAUAAUGAUCAACAGCUGAGAGCAACUGUGAAUUUGCCCAAGGGGACAGGGCAGACGAUUAAAGUUGCAGUUCUUACCCAAGGGGAAAAGUUCGAUGAAGCAAAAAAUGCAGGAGCUGACCUGGUUGGUGGAGAGGACCUGAUAGAACAAAUAAAAGGAGGAUUCAUGGAUUUUGACAAAUUAAUUGCGACACCAGAUAUGAUGCCUAAGGUUGCCAGUGUGGGAAGAAUCCUAGGGCCAAGGGGGCUAAUGCCAAAUCCAAAAGCUGGUACUGUAACUACAAACAUACCUCAGGCAAUUGAUGAAUUCAAGAAGGGAAAAGUCGAAUAUCGAGCAGACAAAACUGGGAUUGUUCACCUACCCUUUGGAAAAGUUGAUUUUUCAGAGGAAGAUCUUACUGAGAACUUCCUUGCUGCAGCGAAAUCAGUAGAAGCAAACAAGCCAUCUGGUGCGAAGGGGGUAUACUGGAAAAGUGCGCACAUAUGUUCAUCAAUGGGGCCUUCUAUUCGGUUAAAUAUCAGGGAGAUGCUAGAUUACAAGCUUCCGUCGAAGGUAUAAAGGAACACACCACACCUGUAAAUUGAACCUUCUAACAUUCCAUCGGCCCUUGGUUGCCUGCUAAGCUUCAGAUUCUCUUUAAUUAAGAUAGGAUAGAAGGUAGUGCGAAAAAAGCAAAGAAGAUUCUGAGAGCCUUGUUUUUUUUGUUAAAAUUCUUCAAGGAGCUCUGCGCUUGUGCUGCGCCAGCAAAUCUUGUUCUGCUUCCAUGUUUAAUAGGAUCCACACAACCUUCCUUUAUGCUGUACAUUGCAUUGAGAUAACAUUAGUCCUGCAGUUUUGGAUGAUUUAGAAUUUAAU